UGUGCAUUACAUGUGUUGACUUGACCUCAACUCAACUCGCGCGGCGGAUUUGUGAUUCACCGCCAGUCUUCUUCCAUUUUCUUUCAUCUUUUUCCUGAUGGAGGUUUAAAGCUAACAGAUGUAUCUGCUGCUAUGUAGGCCUGAGAUGGCUGGGAAUUUCUCGCACAAAGCCUAAAUAUUCUUCAAGAUAUAGUGCUUUGAGUUCACGGAACCGCGACAAAUCAUGGAUGACAGAGACCCACUAGCCGCCAACGAGAGCUUGGAAAUGGCUUCUUAUAACACUUUUGACCCCAAUUACAAUCCCAAAUACAGUGAUGACAUCUACAAGAGUGUCGAUGAUGAGGACAUGAGUGGAGAGAGGGGGUGCUUCUUCAGAGAUGGGAAAAGACAAAUCGACUUUGUUUUAGUGUAUGAAGAGGGAGAAAAAGAUCCUCCACCUCAAUCAAUUGAAUACAGACAGAAGUUCUUGGAGAAUCUUGCCAAGUCCCAACUUGAAUUCGAGGAGGAAAUAACCCAAGACAAAAAAGUGAAGCUACACUUCAUAAAAAUUCAUGUCCCAUGGGAAGUGUUGCUUUUUUAUGCCGAAGAACUGAGCUUCAGGGCCCCCCUUGAGCUUCGUACUACCAGAAAAGUGAACUGGUCGGAGCGGAUGCUGGAAAAGUUCCACAUGCCCAACAUCUUCAAAGAGGAAGUUCCUAACCCUCCUCCAGAUUUCUUCACUUGUACCUUCCAGGCCAAUAAGCUAAACAAAUUUAUCGGUAGUGAUGAUCCAGAUUCAUACUUCACAGAUGUGGAGAGAACAAGAGUGGCCUAUGAGAUUCUUGAGACUGCGCCCUAUGGCAAACGACAGAGGGGAGAGAUCGGAAUCGAGCGACUCGUUGAGGAAGGUGUCUUCAAAGCCGGUUACCCGCUGCAUGUGGGACCAGCAGAGCUACCCAAGGAGUGGAACGAGGGGCCGCACGGCCCGGAAGAAAUCAAGCUCAACAAAAGACAGGUGUUGAAGGAGUACUGGGGACGAUGGGGCAAAUGGCUCAAGUACCAGCCUUUGGAUCACAUCAGGGACUACUUUGGGGAAAAAAUUGGUAUCUACUUUGCAUGGCUAGGCCAAUACACGGCAUGGCUGAUCAUGCCUUCCUUUCUUGGUCUCCUUGUGUUUCUCUAUGGAGUGGCGACCAUCAACAGCUCAGACAACAAACCAGCACUUGAAGUUUGUGACAACCCUCCCUGGACAUUCAGGAUGUGUCCUUUGUGUGAUGAAGAACUAGGAUGUCAGUACUGGGAUCUACAUAUCAGUUGCAAAUCCGGCAAGAUAGCCUACUUGUUCGACAACGCCUCCACUGUCUUCUUUGCCGUCUUCGUGUCAUUCUGGUCAUGCUUCUUCCUGGAAUACUGGAAGCGUAAGGAAGUGACACUGGCCUAUCACUGGGAUGUGCUGGAAUACGAGGAGGAAGCGGAACGUCCCCGCCCCACGUUCGCAGCGUUAGCUCCCACAGUAGAACGUAAUCCCGUCACUGGGAUCCUGGAGCCGCAUUUCCCUGACGAGAAGCGUAAGCCGCGUCUGUUCUCCGGUAUCGCCAUCGUAUUUACCAUGGUCUCGCUGGUGUUGGUAUUCAUGGUUGGUGUUAUCGUCUACAAGUUGCUUGUAUACAGACCGCUCGCACGUAACCCCUCUACCAGGGCCUAUGCACUUCAAAUUGCCAACUCCACCGGCGCCUUCGUCAACUUGACCAUCAUCAUGAUACUAAGCAGGGUCUAUGAGCGCGUAGCCCUGGCUCUAACACACUGGGAGAUGCACCGUACACAGACAGAGUACGAAGAUAGUCUGACCUUCAAAGUAUUUGUGUUCCAAUUCGCUAACUUCUACUCUUCCAUCUUCUACGUCGCCUUCUUCAAGGGAAAGCUCGUAGGCUAUCCCGGCCACUAUCGCAGACUGUUUGGACUGCGUCAGGAAGAGUGCAGCCCAGGUGGGUGCCUGAUGGAGCUUGCCCAACAGCUCGUGAUCAUCAUGGUCGGUAAACAGAUGAUCAACAACGUACAGGAGAUCGCCAUUCCGUUGGUGAAGCAAUGGAUUAAGAGAAAGAAGCGAGGAACAUCCAAGGACGAGAUUAAACCGCGAUGGGAGCAGGACUUUGAACUGGUGGAGAACGAGGGUCUUUUCCAAGAGUACCUCGAGAUGAUCCUGCAAUUUGGCUUCAUCACCAUUUUCGUGGCUGCUUUCCCACUUGCUCCAUUCUUUGCUCUGGCCAACAACAUCUUCGAGAUCCGUAUUGACUCGGACAAAUUUGUAUGUGAGGUACGACGUCCGAUAGCGGACCGAGCCCAGGAUAUCGGUAUCUGGUUUAAUAUUCUGGACAGCGUGGCCAAGAUCGCCGUCAUUAGUAACGCGUUCUUGAUCGCUUUUACGUCCACCUUCCUUCCCAAGCUGUUGUAUCGAUACGCCGUGUCCGAAAACUUUUCACUUGAGGGAUACACGAACUACACAUUGGCUUGGGCUCCGAGAAAUACCACACUCAAACCGUGCAGGUACCAAGAGUUCCGCGAUCCUGAGGGACACUUCACGGUAUUCUACUGGCAUCUCCUCGCCCUGCGUCUUGGAUUUGUCAUCAUGUUUGAGCACGUCGUGUUCUUCGUCAUGCGCUUGAUUGACAUGAUGGUUCCAGACAUUCCAACAGAGCUGGAGAUCAUCAUCAAACGCGAGGCAUACUUGGCUAAGCAGGCUCUUGCAGACCAUCAUAACCUCAUGGGAUCUGGCGAAAGUGGUGAGGAAGUUGAAGACGAACUACCCUAACUCCUCUGGGUAGUCACUUAUAAUUUGGGGCGUAACCUCGAGUUGUUUGAGAGGGUCCAAGAUGUCUAAACAAGAUUUAUCGAUCUUGUCCAUCUUCAGCAAGUUUCAUCUUUGCUUUAGCCUUAUGCCAGGUUCUGGUCGGUUUUUGGUGUAGUUAUACCUUACUGGUAAGACGAAAGGGCGGUGGGGGAAAUAAGGAAUUAAAUUGAGACUUGGCAUCUAUUGUCACGAGGGUCCAGAAACAAAGUUCAUGAAUGCACUUUCUUACUCUUAAAUAAUAAUGAUCGGGGUACUUUUAAAAAUAAUGUAAAUGAUAAUGAAUUAUUCUGUGUUGAGCACAUGGUAUGAUAUAAUAAGGGGAUAAUGUGUAGUUUGAGUUGUAAUUGCAACCGUAUUUGUGGAACAUUUGUGUUAUAACUGAAUUGUUAAAUUUUAUUAUUUUUUUUUUUAUCUCUGUCUCAUUUUAUUUUUGUGUUGUCCAUUUGUUUGAUUUCGGUAUUUGUUAUUUGUGCAUGUUUGUAGCACCCGAAGUGUGGUAACGCUGUGCAUGAUGCUCGCUGGCGCACGUCACCUAAAGACAAUGUUAUCACUCACAGCACUAGUAUAGUUCACUGUGGAACGCCACACCAGCACAUGGACGCAUGGCCAAUAGAGUUAAACUAGAAAACAGCACAUAGUGGUUGUGGUUAAAGUUUAAAAUGUUAACGUGUUAAGAUUUCUUGGUUAUGUUCUCGUAUUUGAUUUGUGGAUAACUCCUUGUAUGCUAAAUGAUGUUUCCAUAUUCAAUAGGCUGAUGGGUCAUGCAUACUUGGAAAUCUGCUUUUAAUCCCAUGUAACCUAACCUAACUCUAACAAGCUUAACUAAUUCGACUUUCACACUAAUACUUUGUGCUGUCUCUGUUGUUCUGUUUUUCACUCAUCGAAUUUACUUUCAAGCAGGAUCUUGGAAUACAAAUUGCAAAAAUAAAGGUAGUUUGUUCACAGAACUUUGCAAAAUUCUCGGACAUAUUGUCUAUGCUCUUUUGGUAUUGGGAAUGAUAUCAUUACAAGAAAAAGAUUAUAUAGAUAAUUUAAUCAAAUUUUAAAAAUAUUGGUAUUGAAAACAAAGCCACAGGCAUGUGUGGUGUAUUAUUAGAUUAUUAUUAGCAUGAAUAUUUUUCUCAUAUUCGGGUAUUAAUUACGUCUAUCUUAUUCCAAGGCGAAUAAUGGUGCCAUUAUAAUCGCCUCGAGACCUUUAAACCAAUAUGGCUUUAUCGUUUGUACAUCGUGUCAAUCACGAAUGUGGUGUGUCUUAACACGGCUUUGUGAUUGACCCUGAUGUAUGUAAGGCUAUUCCGAUGGCCAUUAAAACCUGAGAUAAAGCAUUGAAUGCAACGCUUAUAUCAAAUGAUAUAUCAAAUGAUUCAUUGUUUGCGUGUAAUUACGCUUGAGCACGGAAUUUAAAUUGGACGCUGUGAUAGAGAUAACCCAACUCAACAAUGCUCAAUAUUCAAUGGCUCUUUACUAAGUAUUGAGUAUCUCAGCCAGCCACCAUACCAUGCGAAACUAACGCUUACUUAUUAUCACUGGGGUUACAACGGGCACAGUCUUGCCAUAACACCCGCUAAACAAUUAGUAGAGACAACAGGGUCGGAUUGGGUUUCUCAAGAGGAGGGGAGGAUGUCCCGGAGGAUUUCAUUGGAUAAGAUAUAACCACCUCUAUAACCGAAUGCGUGAAGAGGAAGGGAGAGGGGGGGGGGGAACCCCUCUACGCUUAUAUUGAGUGUCCCGGAGGAUUUCAUAGGGGGAGAUAUAACCGCCACUAAUUUCCUCCAUCCCAUAUCCUCAAUCCGACCUUGUGUUUCGCCGGUUUAGGAGGCAUAAUUGUGCGCAAGGGUGAUUACGACAGGACUGCGUCGUGGUCACGUAUAUUCAUAUAUUCUCUAGGAAUAGGUUUUGCCAUAAGUCGGCCGGGGAAGUCUGGUGCAAGGGUAUUACAGCACUUAUUUAUUGGGUUUCAAAAAGCCCCACAGCAGAAUAAGGAAAUUGUUAUUAUAGUGCAACUAUUACUUUAAUUGAUAGUUAUCAAAUACACUGCAUUAAAGGUUAAUAAAGAGAAAAAGGAUUUAUUCA